AUGGGUUGCAUGAUCCUACAAAAUACUGUGACUUUAUAUGCAAUUGUUUCUUUUAACUUCAUCAUUGGCUAUGCUUUUCUUGUGGUCACAGCACUUCAAAUAUUUUUCCCUAAUUUAUUAGGAACAGUUUUAAUCGUUGCUGGAGACAAUUAUUAUAAUCAUCUCUGCAACAUUUCAUGGCACAUGCUCUCUGUAUCGGAUCAAAAAUCAGUGUUGCUUCUUCUGGUGUCAGCUAUUAAUCCAAAAAAAAUUACAGCGGGGUUAGCCGUAUUACAGCUUCAAACAUUUAUUGAGAUUUAUAAAUCUAUUUAUUC